AUGUCAGACAAUGACUUGAAUCACCCCACGCUGAACUUGACGGAGCAAGAGAAGCGUGCAUACGGCUUUCUGUUCGCGCAAGCCGACUCGGAUCAGCUCGGAGUCGUCACAGGCGAACGAGCUGUCGCCUUCUUUGAACGCACGAAGGUCAGUCCGAACGUGCUUGGCGAGAUAUGGCAGAUCGCGGACACGGAGAACCGAGGCCUUCUCACGAAGCCGGGCUUCUGCAUGGUUCUACGCUUGAUCGGGCACUAUCAAGCUGGUAAAGAGCCGAGCGCGGAGCUAGCCUUCAAACCCGCGCCCAUUCCGCGCUUCGAUGGGCUGCAGAUACCAGGCGUGUCUGCUCCUGUAGGGCCAGGCGCAGCAGUACCGAGCCCGACGGGUGCGCAAUUCCCGAUCAAUGCUCUCCAGCCUCAGCUUUCCGGUCAGGCGCCCAUCCGUGUUCCUCCGCUGGAUGCGCAGAAAGUGCAACAGUACUCAAGUCUGUUCGAGCGAUCUGGCAUGCAGAAUGGCUCGUUGGACGGUACUACCGCGAAGAACAUAUUUGAGCGUGCAGGCUUACCGAACGAGGUGCUUGGUAAAAUUUGGACGCUCGCAGACAGGCAGCAGCGGGGUUUCCUGGACCAGACAGAGUUCAUCGUGGCGAUGCACUUGCUUAUGAGCAUGAAAACGCGAACCAUGACUGCGCUACCGAAUACUCUGCCUCCGGGCUUGUACGAAGCGGCUGCGAGGAGAGGCAUUCCGCCACCACCUGGUAGCCGAGAUGGUCCGCCCAUUGUACGAGGCCCACCUUCUCGGCAGUUCACAGGCGGCUCUGUCGGCGUACCGGCGAGGACACAGAGUCCUCUCGCUCAACCUGCAGGGUUUUCUACGCCAGCCCCCCAGGCUCCACAACCUACUGGUCUGCCGUGGCUUGUUACCACCCAGGAGAAGGCAAAGUAUGAUCAAUUCUUUAGCACCAUCGACAUCCAAGGCCGCGGUGUCAUCACCGGAGACCAAGCGGUCUCGUUCUUCUCGGAUUCUCGUCUGCCGGAGGACACUCUUGCAACAAUCUGGGAUCUUGCGGACAUCAAUAGUGAAGGACAGCUGAAUCGUGACGAGUUUGCCGUUGCAAUGUAUCUCAUCCGUCAGCAGCGGGCACCAAACCCUGCACCGCUCCCUGCCUUCCUGCCUCCGGCACUCGUGCCGCCCAGUAUGCGACAGCAGCAGCAACAGGGCCAGUCUACAGCUCCCGUGUUCGACAAUGCGAGCAAUUCCCGGAAUCUACCAAAGUCUGCGGCAGAUGAUCUUUUCGGACUCGAUGAGCCCACCGCAGGAGCAACCCAGCAGCCGGCCUUGCAGCCGCAGAUGACAGGUCUGCAAACGCAGACAACAGGCACACAAGAUCCUUUCGCUGGUAGCAUGCCUGCGAGUCCCAGCAGUCCUCAGCAUUUCCAACCACAAUCGCAACAACCUGCAAGUACCGUUUUUAAGCCUUUUAUGCCGACUUCCGCCUUCGGUGCGGCACUCACCCAGCAGCAUACGGGUGGCUCAACCAGCCCAAACCAGCGAGCAUUCCAGCCGCCUUCUGCACAGCCAUCUCAUUUGAGGCAGACCUCAGCGGCCGAGGACGACUUACUCGGCGACAAUGUCACGCAUGCCGAAGAGGCCAGCAAGAUCACCAACGACACGACGGAGCUUGCCAACAUGAGCAGCCAGAUCGGGAAUCUACGCACCCAGAUGGAGCAGACUCAGAGCAAGCGAGGUCAAACGCAAGCCGACGUAACGGCGACACAAACGCAGAAGAGGGAUCUAGAGCUUCGCUUGCAGCAAUUUCGGGCUCAGUACGAGGCCGAAGUCCGCACGGUCAAAGAGCUCGAACAGCAGCUAGCGGCUUCGCGCGACAGUACCAAAAAGCUCAGCCAAGAGCUGGCCAUGCUCGAAGGCACAUAUCAAGACUUACAGACGCAACAUUCCAGCGUUACGCAACAAUUGCAGGCCGACCAGCAAGAAAAUGCUAACCUAAAGCAAAGAAUCGGUCAACUCAAUGCGGAAGUAGCCCGAUUGAAGCCAGAGAUUGAGAAGAUGAAGCUGGAUGCGCGGCAGCAGAAAGGUUUGGUGAGCAUCAAUAAGAAGCAGCUUGCGACCUCUGAAGCCGAGCGGGAUCGGCUUGAAGGUGAAAGGACAGACCUGGAGCGUGAAGCUGCCGAGCGGGCAGCGGCUGCCAGAAAUGUACCAGCAGAGCAGCCAGCAUCACACUUCGGACGUGACGCCGCAGCAGCUACCGGGCUCGCAGCGGCUGGUACAGCUGCGUUUGGUGCUUAUGAGAUGAGGAAGGAGCAUCAGACCACAGAGGGUGUCAUAAGUCCCGGCAGCGCCAUGCACAGCUUGACGAACCCUUUCUUCCGGAAAGCGAGUACAGAAGGCGCAAAUGAACGUGCUGUUAGUCCGCCCGCCACAAGCUCAACUGGUGCGCCGACACCGAGUGCAUUCGAUGCGCUGUUUGGUCCUUCUGCUGCAUUUGCGCCCACUGGUCAAUCGAUUAGUAGAACAGGCACGCCACCCUCGACUAGCUUCAUUGGGAGGAGUAUACCUGCAGCAACCACGUCGGCUGCAGUACCUCAACACGGCAUGACGGACAGUGUGCAAAGCGUGUCUUCCGUCGGCGAGCCAACACCAUCUGCCACCCCACCAUUGAGCGACCAAGCCAAGGACAGCCCCAUCGCAGCAAUCGACCCGCCACCUCCACCACCAGAGAACCGACAAUUCCUGCCAAGUGAGUUGCCUGUUCGUCCGUUACCAGAUAGGUCUCAGGAGGAGAGCGACGCAAGCUCGACACGAGUCCUGCCUCCAGCGAGCCGCAUGGGCGGCACUGAAACGCCCCGAGAGCCUUUCGAAUCUCGCGUAGCAUCUCCUACACCAGCUGCCGUCGCCGAAACUGUACCUGGCGCGUUCCCGAGUGACGAGCUACAGCCCACCACGAGUGCGCAGGAGGUAGUGCCGGAAGACGAGCCAACUGCUGCACCUGGCCAUCCACCCGCGCCGCAGAACGCGCGCGACGACUUUGAUUCUGCUUUUGCAAGUUUCGGAGACAGCGAGAAGGCGAGAGACGCCACGGCAGAAGCAGAAGAUCCAUUUGCACCUGGAUCAAGUCAGCAAGCUAACGGCGGAUACUCUUCGGAGUUCCCGCCCAUCCAAAGCCUCGAGCCGGAGGAUGAAGAAAGCAGUGACGACGAAGAAGCGGACCGCCCUGAAGGCACUCCGGCAACCCACGGCGCCGCCGCAUUGGCGCCCCCUGCAGCAUCUGCUCCGUCUGCCUCAGAGCCUGCUCCCGAAGCCAACAUCGCUGGUGCAAGGCCAGCUAUCGCCACCGUGGACUCGACCUUGAGCGAUCUGCCUGGUGUGAGUGCACAACAAUCGCCGCCAUCGUAUGAGCAAAGCGACGCACAAACGCACGGCGGCAGCGGCGAACGAACAGACGCGAACCAUUUCCCGCCCGAAUUUGGCGGCUUGCUGCCGGCGAGGGAGGACCCUACAAGUCCGCCGCCCCCGGCCGGUGGCCCGCCGGUAGCGAUAGCCACUAACAGCAGGGAGCAGGAGGUACCCACAAGCUACGCUGCACCUGAACGUACGACAACUGGCUCAUCGAGUCUAUAUCCGAACACCGUCCCACAGACCCCAACCUCGAAUGACAUCUUUCAUGAUGCGAACAGCAGGCCUUUUAGUACCGUAACAGAAGCGACUCCAACACAGCCUGCACAAACCGUGGGAGGUCCUACACGAUCUCAGAACGCCUUUGACGAUUUCGACGACUUCGCCGGACUGUCGGAAGCUAAAGAAGCAGAAAGGACUGGUACCGACUUCGACUCCAGCUUCUUCAGCAACAGCACGCGAAGUGUAGAUGAGUUCAACCCCGCAUUUGACUCACCUGCUGCCAGCAUGACAAACACGAUGGCCUCAUCACAGCAGACCCCGCUUGCUCCUAGCAGCCAUGGUGAUAGCUUCCCAGGCUUCCAACCGAACAACAGCAGCAGCAGCCCGUUCGACACCACUGGCCGCAUACAGAGCAGGAUUCAGAGCACGCCGCAAAAUGGGCAGCAUGACUGGGAUGCCAUCUUCUCGGGUCUUGACAGCAGCAAAACCGUGGAUACAUCGCUCAAUACUACUGGUCACGAUGACCCUUGGAGCACUCCCGCAGCAGCUGCCACGAAUGGAGAUACAUCUGCGGCAAAGACGCCGACUCCUGCUUCACCAGUCAGAACGUUCACAGCCAGACCCGCAGAUAAGGCGGCGCAGAUAGGACGGGCAAUAACGCCCGGCACAGAGCACGAUGACCCCAUACUGAAGCGGCUAACUGGCAUGGGAUAUCCAAGAACGGCUGCGCUCAACGCGCUUGAGAUGUAUGACUAUGUAAGCUUUCCACAAUCUAUCGGUCCCCAAACGUGUGGUGUUCGCUAA